AUGCCCCUCCCAACAAACCAUCACCCUCUCAACUGCACGUACAAUCGUGACGAUGUGGUCGCGGGGCUCACGGAAUAUUACCGCAUCCUCACCCUCUCGGCAUACAUCCCAGCCUCAUACAUCGACUUCCCUCCCGCAGGCGGCUGGACCGAUGCCGACCUCGACGUCGGCGCUCUUCGCGCCUUGAGACGCUCCGAGACUGUCAUCGACUUGCUGCGCCAUCUCCCCUACCCGAGACCGAUGCACGACGGACCGCGUCCGGGUCCUUGGAACGUCGCACCACACUCCAAAGCCGUGCGCUACCUCCGUCACAUGGGUGACUUCAGCCAGUGGUCUGACCGCGGCGACGCGGGCCUUCUGGAGCUCGCUGCUCUGCCGAUGAGCUCGACCCCAGCUGGGCCGAUGGACCUGCCUCCGGACGUCGUCGCACUCACUCACGGCGAGCGCUGGGGAUCGACUACCUCGGUUCCGUACUGGUGGAUUGUGGACUGCAGUCGAGGAAUCUUCUCCCCGUUCAGAGAGAAGAUCUACGAGGUCGGCAAGGUCCCGCGUAACAAGCCGUGGCGGACCGUUCAGUCGUACUCUGUGGUUGAUUACUUCGCCCAGCUAGUUCCAGAGCUGGGCCAGAACCUGAUCCCGCUGCCGCCAACAGAGGAGCUGGACGCCGAGGUUCUCGGUCCGAAGGACAAUCUUGCCGAGCCCCGGGAGAUCUACCUCGCGCAUGGGUGGCCGAGCCACGACUUCCGUCACGAUGAGUGCAUUGUCGCGCUGCAGGCCUAUCGCCGUCGGGUCCAGGAGGAGGAGCGAAGGCGCAUCGCGCAGGACGUUGGCGACGCAGAAGACGCUGACGAUGCGGAUGACGAUGACUUCGAAAUGGAUGACAGCGACGACGAAGUGGAGCACGAGGAGGGAGCUUCCGGGCUGGAAGAUGCCAUGGCUGAUGUGGAGGUGGACGACCUGAGCGCCGAGGCGGCUGCUUUGCGCGCCGACAUGUCACCCGAGGAGCGGGAGAGAUUCGACAGGCUUCAACAGGGCGAGUUGCCCUUUGAGUGGGUUGAUGCUGAGUAG